GCCAACGAUGACGAUGAUGACGAUGGCAAGGCAAACAACAAGGCAAUGGAGGGUCUUGUUGUUGUUGUUGGUGGUGGUGUUGGUGGCAGGCACAGCGAGCAUCGCAGCUGUGGCGGCAGCCAGCGCGGGGUUGGACCACAGCGGUGUGGUCAUGGACAAGUGCACGCCGUUGACGCUCGCAGAAUUGCACGCAUGCAUCGACGAGCGCCCGCGAACACCAGCCGACCACGCUGAGGACAGCACGCCUUUAGUGCGCAUCGUCGUCACUGACCCGCUGCUCGACAGCGUCAGCGUCGGCAACAGCAAUGGUGACGGUGAUGUACAGCAUGGCCACCAUCAACACCACAACCAGCAGCAGCAGCAGCAGCAGCAGCAGCAGCAGCAGCAGCAGCAGCAGAGCCGUGGCGGGGGCCUUGGUGACGCAAGGGAGCUUGCGGAUCGGAACAAAGCAUCCUACGCAGAAGUGUCAGUCGUCUUCCACAACACAGAGCUCAGCAACGGCACCCGUAUCCAGAAAUUCAUGCAUGCAGCGUUCUUUCAACACCACAUUGCCUCGUUGGCAAUCUGGAAGCCGACGCACGUCUCCAGCGAAGCCCUGGCGAGCAUCUUAAUACCGGGCGCGUGGUCGCUGUACGAGCUCACCCUCUCCGAUGUCAGCCUCCAGUCGUCGGCAGCGAUGGAUGUCCUCGUCUCGGUGAUGGACGAAUGCAAUCACCUGGAAGCGCUUCUACUUCGUGAUGUCAAAUUGGAAGAGCACCACAUCCGCACCCUCUUCGAAGCCCUCCCCACGUCCCUCCGGCGAUUGGAAGUGUCAUGUGUGGACAAAGGCAGCUAUGCAUCGUACUUGGGCGUGGACGCUGCACAGGCUCUUGCCAAGCGACAAGACCUUCAUUUGACCCGGGUGGUGCUGGGUGGACUGGAGAUUGACGAUGACGCGUGCACGGCGCUCGUGUCCGGCUUUGCCUCCAUGCCCGCACUGCUCGUUGCCAGUCUGCACGACAACAGCAUUGGCGACGCGUGUGCACGGGGCAUCGUAGAUCUUUGCACAUCGGGCUCCCUCGACCACAUGCAGCUGCUUGUGUUGACGCUCAACUUCAUUUCCCCAGCGCUGCAGCAGGAACUUGCUGCGGCGUGUGUGUCGCGCGGGAUUGCUGUUGAUGUGCACCGCAACCGCCGGCGGGCGAAGAUGGCGGCAGCGACGGAGGAGGAAACGGAGGCACCGGCCAUGCAGUGAUGGUCGCAGUUAUGACAAUGCAGUGAUGGUCGCAGUUAUGACAAUGCCGUGAUGGUCGCAGUUAUGACAAUGCCGUGAUGGUCGCAGUUAUGACAAUG